AUAUUGCAUGAUCGCAUGAGUGCGUGGACUGCUGAGUUUUCCCUUCCUUCGAAAUUUUCCGAACACGAUUCUGGUUAGUAGCUCCAUACACAGCUUUCUUAAUCGUAUGAAUGAUCUUUGACGGUGGUACGAGAGUACUGUUGUAGUUUGCCUUUGUUGGGCAAGGAGUGUCACCAGCCAGCUUCAAGUGUUCCGAGCCGCAAUUACGAACACCCAGGAGCUUUGCAGUAAUUGUUAUUGAUUACUCCCCGUAUCCCUGGAGUGUGAUGAAGGGAAUUGCUCCGCGCACUGGCAGAUGAUGGUUAUCGUACCGCCGAGAAAAAACACUAUUGGACCGCAGAAACCUUCUAUUCACCACGCAACUGUUGUGAUCUUUCUGGAGUUCUUUGCAUGGGGCUUGCUAACAAGCCCGGGCAUCACAACUCUCUACAAAACAUUUCCUCAUGAAACACUCCUGGUCAAUGGUCUCAUUCAGGGAAUCAAGGGCAUUCUCUCGUUCUUGAGUGCUCCGCUCCUGGGCGCCCUGUCAGAUGUGUUUGGACGUAAGCCAUUCCUGCUGCUGACCGUGCUAGUAACGUGUCUACCUAUACCAUGGAUGAGCAUCAGUCCCGGGCUAUACUUCGGGCUAUACACGCUGUCUGGCCUGUUCGCCGUCACGUUCUCGAUUGUGUUUGCCUAUGUUGCCGACAUCACACCGGAGAAUGAGCGUAGUGCAGCUUACGGCCAGGUCUCGGCCACCUUUGCAGCUAGCUUUGUGCUGAGCCCUGCUAUCGGGACUUACAUUGCAGCCAUGUUUGGCGACAGCAUGGUCGUGCUGCUGGCAACGUUUGUGGCCGUCCUCGACCUGCUGUUCAUUUACCUGGUCAUGCCCGAGUCGCUGUCGAUCAUGUCCGAGGUCCAGGUGCCAUGGACAGGCUCGAUCUCCUGGGAGCAAGCCGAUCCACUGCGGACGCUCCGCAAGGCCACCAAAGACAAGGGUCUGCUCACGAUUUGCGUCAUGGUCUUUCUGUCGUACUUGCCUGAAGCUGGGCAGUAUUCGUGCUUCUUUGUCUACCUUAGCAAGGUGAUUGGGUUUAGUCGCAAGGAAGUGUCAAUCUUCAUCGCUAUGAUGGGAUGCCUGUCAGUGUUAUCACAGACGGUGCUGCUCGCUCAGCUGGUCAAGCUUGGGCACAAGCGCUGCAUCUUUGUCGGCCUCGUCUUCCAGGCCAUUCAGCUCUUCUGGUUUGGUCUGGUCACGUACAAGUCAUGGAUGUUGUGGGCAGCUGGUGCUAUUGCAUCCAUUUCUGCUGUCAACUAUCCUGCGCUAAGUGCCCUUGCAUCUAAUAUGGUUGGCCUGGACCAGCAAGGCGUUGCGCAAGGCGUUAUCACCGGUGUACGGGGCCUCUGCACCGGCCUUGGUCCGGCCAUCUUCGGCUUCCUCUUCUACUUCUUCCACGUGGACUUGAACGACGACGGCCUCGGGCUGACCACCCUGCCGCCGGCCACAACCUCCAUGCUGAACCAGAGUCGUGUUUCAGCUCCACCGACGCUCUCACACCAGCAUCCGCUCAGCCGAUUCAAGCCACUGCUGUACUCGACGAUAGAUCCCAUUCGCUUGCAGCGCCCGAUGGCUGGCGCACCGUUCCUGCUGGGUGCGUGCCUCGUAGUCGGUGCGCUGAUCACCACCAUUCACUUCUCGCCGCGCCGCGUCGGACUGCGCCCGGACUCUCGCGUCAUAACGCUACGCUCGGUCGCGCCAACGACAGCCUCUGCUUCAACUUCUCUCCCGAUGUCGUCAAGACACAAUGUAGCAUGACAUGUGCGUAUUGUGUCUGUGAGUAUACAUACCUUCAUAGUUUUAGUCUCAGUGAGUAGACAUGCAUAUCUGUUAGCGCUGCGCCUUGAAUCGCAUCAUAAUGCUACGCUCGGUCGCGCCAACGACAGCCUCUGCUGCGACUUCUCUCCCGAUGUCGUCAAGACACAAUGUAGCAUGACAUGUGCGUAUUGUGUCUGUGAGUAUACAUACUUUCAUAGUCUCUCUGUGAGUAGACGUACAUAUUUUUUAGCGUGGUGCCUUGAAUCUUUUGUUUGAGAUUCCAUGCUGCUUCAUGAUAUAUUUUUUUAUUAUUAACGACCAUGACAGUGUUUACAUGCACAUAGAAAAGAAGAAGACAGGAUUUCACAUUCAGAAAAUUACAAUAUGCUUACAUUUGAGUGCUGCUCAUGCGGCGACAGUCGCCCUCACAACACACGGCAUCAGUCUAGAUUACGCGCCCAUCACGACAAAAGCACGAAACGCCAUGCCUGUCUUGCUUUAGCACAAUCUGCAACGUGAUUUUGUUCGAUAGUUUUUGUUUUUGUUCAUGCCAUGCGAUUUGCCAAACAUACCGAUUUUUUACCGGUAUCAGUGUACAUAUAAUACAAAUAGUUUCACUUUUGGUGACCGCACGGCACACUCAGCCUCAAACCCCCGCCAUGUAUGCAUGGUACUGACCGCUCUAUUUUUUUUAGAUGAACUCUGCUCGCGAUGAAAUCUUAUUGCAGUGAUAUGGAUGCUUUGGCAGCAGUUAGGUGUUAUUCUGAACAUUUCUUUUCACCACUCCUAGCGAUGCUUUUUUGCAAUUAAGAAAAAAUAAAGACUCUCCUUUCCUCUA